AAAUACCAAUAGACCUGAAUUGAAUACUGCUGUCUAAUGAAAUUGCAUCUCACAUCAGCAUGUGUUGCUAAGUCUGUAAACAAGAGGAAGCUGAAUCCCCUGGAGAGAUGUGCAGGGCUGCAGAUACUGAGAGCCAUGUCGAGUGUGGUCGCAAGGUAAGAAUACAGUAUAAUCCGCCAAAGUGAGGUUGGAUUGGAUGAUCUGCAUGUGGAUGCUUCAUCUGCAGGGUCCCAACUCUCCCUUUGUUACGUCAAACAGUGAUUGGCUCCUGCAAAGUAAAUCUCCUAUCAGAGAGCUCUACAGAUAAAGUCCUCACUUAUCCCCGUGAUGGAGGAGGGAGCAGGGAGAACAAAGCCAAGUGACCCCCACUUUCAAAACACAGUGGGAUGCAUGUGUGUGUGUGUGUGUGUACAUGUGUGGGUUGCCUUAUUUUUUUGUGUGUGUGAGCACAUUUGUAUGUUUGUGAGCAUGUGUGGGUAACUCUGACAUCUCUAGUUUCGUAUGGCUAUCCGAUUACCCAAUGGGAGCUUUAAUAGAGCUAGAGCCUCUCUUGAUUGUGACUCUGAAAGAGGGAGAGGGUGAAGGGAAGAAGGGGAGCAGAGCAGCAGAGCUACCAGGCAAAGUAGAGAGGGCACGACAACUUCUGCAGUGCCGGCGACACUGAUGACACAGGGCUGAUUGCAAACGUAGCACACAGCUGCCUGAAUGAGGAGGAGGAGGAGAGAGGUCCUGCCAGGAUCUGCCGUGUGGCACUGCUGCCUCCUCAACUCAAACCUGGCUGAAAGACGGAGCUGAGGGUAGUGACAGGACAGGGCAAUGGAGGUGCCUCUUGUUAAUUUUGAGAACAUGGACGAUGUCGGCAUCAACCUGGGUGAUCCGAGUGACUCCGGGUACCCGACCUCACCCAUCUCAGAAGCCCCUGAUCAGAAUCUGUUAGCGCACCAUGCAAGUUCUCCUCACCAGUCGCCACACAGAGGACGGCGAAGGUAUCAGUCUGGUCAAGAGGGGCUGUCACCGACCUCUCCCCCGACGCUGAAGACAAAAGGGAACUCCAGCAGCAGCAGCCUGAUGUCUAAUCUGAAGCUCCUCAUCAACAGUGAAUCUCCAAGCGACAGUGUCUUCAGUAAGAUGCAGAGGGAUUGUUUUGACAAUGAAGAUUUGCUUGAAAGACAAUACUUGGAAGGAAAAGAUGAGAAAGUUGUCAUCAAUAUCUCAGGACUGAUGUUUGAGACACAGCUCAGCACACUCAAUAAGUUCCCAGAGACAGUGCUUGGUGACCCCAUGAAGCGAAUAAAUUAUUUUGAUCCAAUGAGAAAUGAAUACUUCUUUGACAGAAAUCGUCCAUCAUUUGAUGGGAUUCUGUACUACUACCAGUCUGGAGGAAGAAUCCGUAGACCAGCCAACGUUCCCUUAGAUGUUUUUGCUAAUGAAAUAGUUUUCUAUGAGUUGGGUCAUGAAGCAAUGCAGCAGUACCGUGAAGAUGAAGGGUUUAUCAAAGAGCCCGAGGUGCUGUUGCCCACCAAUGAACUCCAGCGACAGUUCUGGCUCUUGUUUGAAUACCCAGAAAGUUCCAGUGCUGCCAAAUCUGUAGCUCUGGUCUCUGUGAUGGUCGUUGUCAUUUCCAUCUUCAUCUUCUGCCUGGAGACUCUUCCGGAGUUCAGGGAGGACAAUGAUUUUCUCCUGGGUGUAUCCCGAACUAUCAAUGGUUCUGUGUCUCGUGCUGCCACUAAAAACUUCAUGUCUUACGUAACAGACCCCUUUUUUAUUGUGGAGACCAUUUGCAUCAUUUGGUUUUGCUUUGAAGUUGGUGUCCGCUUUGUGGUCUGCCCAAGCAAAAGUGAUUUCUUCAAUAACAUUAUGAACAUAAUUGACAUUGUCUCCAUUAUCCCCUACUUUGUAACCCUGGGCACAGAGCUGGCUACAACUCCCGAUGACGACGUGAACGCAGGUCAGAACAUGUCGUUAGCAACGCUAAGAAUCAUCCGCCUUGUGAGAGUUUUCAGAAUUUUCAAACUCUCCCGACACUCAAAAGGUCUUCAGAUCUUGGGUCAGACGUUGAAAGCGAGUAUGAGGGAACUGGGGCUGCUCAUUUUCUUCCUUUUCAUAGGAGUCAUCCUGUUCUCAAGUGCCAUCUACUUUGCAGAAGUGGAUGAGCCCCAGACGCAGUUUGUCAGCAUCCCUGAUGGCUUCUGGUGGGCUGUGGUGACAAUGACCACCGUGGGAUACGGAGACAUGUGCCCCAUCACCAUGGGAGGCAAAAUGGUCGGCACUCUCUGUGCCAUUGCUGGUGUCCUGACCAUUGCCUUGCCUGUCCCUGUCAUCGUAUCCAACUUCAACUAUUUUUACCACAGAGAGACUGAGCAGGAGGAGAAGCAGGUGAUGGAUGCAGCGGCAGAGGCUGCCCAGAAAAUGUCAGCUGCUAAAACUAAGUACGAAAGCACGCCUUCGUUGAACAAAAGUAACGGUACCUGGUAGAACGAGAAGAAUAGAGGACACUGACUGAGCCGCUAUUUAUUUAUGUCCACGGCAUGAAAAAAUGAAACAUGUCCGUGAGUCAGAUACGGUUAAUCACUAUUUUGUACUCCAAACAUGGCAGCAUUUAUGCAUAUUACUACAGUAUUGAUGGGCACUGUGUGGGCACUUUACACAAGUUGUCUGUCUAUUUGUGGAUGUGUCAAAGUGCAAUUAAUACAACUUAGCAACUACUACUGCUAUGAUUUGAAAUCCAGUGCAGUCUGAAGAAAAAAACAAAACAUUUGACCUUGAAAAUACACAGUUAGAGGAAAUGAAAGCACAUGAAAAUGGGGGGUAUUCCCAAAAGGAACUACAUUGAAUCUAAUCAAAGCAAGCUAGUAGCAUUGGGCAUAAUUUGGAGGUUUCAACCGCGGUGUCAUUGUAACCUGCUGUACAUAAGUGAUCCUAACGUUUAAGGGGGUUCUUACACAAUUGUGGUUGCUCUGAACUAACGUUCGUCAGCAGUUCUCAGCUCAGGUCCACAGGCAGUUGCCUACACUGUUGCAAUGCUAUGCAAAACAUUGUCAAUUUAUUCCACAAAUGAAAUGAACUCCAAAAUCUUUUUAUAACCAUUGCAAGCUGGACGUGUACUCAGAGCUCGCAUUACAUCACAGAUCCAUAUAUUAGUCUACACUUCUUUGUAUUCAGCAAAAGUGAAAGAUAACUUUGAACGAUUUUUCAAGGACAGGUGAACGUGUUCCGUAUGAGGAGAGAGAGAAAAGGGCAUCAGCACACACAGUGUCUCAUCAGCAAAUCUAUAGCUCAGUGCAGGCCCUUCAUCUGACACAGCGUAACUAUAGCUGUGUGAUAAACAGUCGGCACCGUUUGCAUGUCUGCUAUUAAUCCCGUAGAUACAGUAGUCUGCAGAAUAUGAAGUAAAUCGUUGAAACUGCUCGGCAUCAGCUGUAUUAUAGCACGAGCAUUCAGCUUUUUCCAUUCUUGAAUUGCAGGUCAUUUUAACUACUGUCUAUGGAUGCACUUUUGUUCAUUGGCAUUUUGCACUAGCUCGUGAGGAUUUAGCUGUUUAGGCAAUCACCAUCGUCUAUCGUGUUAUUAUAAUGUGAAUUUGCCCUUUAAAAACCAUAUCAAUAUAAUGCACUGAGAGCUCUCGAGCACUUUUGAAGCUUUACACCAUCAGCAGUCGUCAGGGAAAACAUUUAUUAGAAAUGCAAGACGAGACGAAUGUUUGUAAACCACCUGAGAGAACGGAGAACCUUUGAAACCGUUGAGCUUUUCUCCAUUUACCUUCGUUCUCUCAUUUAUAUUGCAUGGCCGAAAAUAAGGUUCAACUCUUAUUAUCAGUAACUGAAGUUUGAUAUAUUUAUUGUAGCUAUGUACGCGAUAGUAUUUUAAUAAUAUGUGAUGAUAACUCCACUUCACGUGAUAGGGAAAGCCAACAGGUAAUAACAUUUAAUAGGAAAUAUAAAUUGGUACUAUAUACUGUAUGCAUGGCACAUUUCAAUUGUGAAUAUGUACUGAAUGUGAGUUUAUUAGACAUAUAAUUGCAGCUUGUAUUGAAAUGGCAUUGAAUGUCUUUUUAAUAAUCCCUCAAUAUGCAAUAAUGAUAACAUGCAGACAACAAAACGCCUGUGGAAAGAGCAGCAAUAAUAACAAAAUGCAAUAAGGUGACAUCACUUAGUCACAUGGGUACUCAGCACUUUAUAUGUCAACGAGCACUUAAUGUUUGAGGACUGUUACUGUAUGUGUCAACAUUGUACAGUAGACAGUGUCAUAAUUUGCUAUGUUUUAUUUAUCUUGUAAAGAGUGCCUUUCA